CCUUCCCCCCCCGCAGCGCCACGCCGAGCCGGGCCGAGCCGCCGGGGGAGGCGCCGCGGCCGAGCCGCCCUCCCCGUCCGGCGCUGGGCGGAGCCACCGCGGGGGCCGGGCCGGGCGCAGGGAGCGGCGCCGGGGCCGGGGCCGGUACCGGUACCGGGGCCGGUACCGGGCCGGGCCGGCGCAGCCAUGCUGAGCCGCCUGGGCGCGCUGCUGCAGCAGGCGGUGGAGACGCGGGAGCCCAGCGUGGACCUGCUGGAGGCCUUCACCGAGCACUGGAAGGGCAUCACCGGCUACUACCUGGAGGCCACGGACGAGAGCACCCCGGCCAAGGAGACCGACAUCCCCUGGCGCCUCAAGCAGAUGCUGGACAUCUUGGUGUACGAGGAGAAGCAGCGGCCGGCGGGGGAGGCCGGGCCGUGCCUGGAGUACCUGCUGCAGCACAAGGUCCUGGAGACCCUCAGCACACUGGGCAAAGCGGAGUACCCCCCCGGGAUGAGGCAGCAGGUGCUCCUCUUCUUCAGCAGGGUCCUGGGGCAGGUGCAGCAUCCCCUGCUGCACUACCUGAACGUGCACCGGCCCGUCCAGAAGCUGCUCCAGCUCGGCAGCGACGCCCUGGGCUCCAGCACGGAGAAGGAGGAGGUGCAGUUCGCCGCCGUCCUGUGCGCGAAGAUCAAGCAGGAUCCUGCCCUGCUGCCGCACAUCCUGGAGGGCAAGAGCCUCCUGAAUGGGAAGAGGGCGGCGGAGCUGCCCGCCUGCCCCGAGGGAGAGGGCGGAGAGCAUCCGCAGGGAGCUGCAGCCGGCAUCCCCCCGGCCGGGAAAGCCGGGAGCUCGCCUGACACCGAGCCUUCCUCGCCGCGGAGGGACGACAACCUCAUCACCGCCUUGGUGGGGCUGUGCAAGAGCCAGAAGAGCCGGGUGGCACUGAAAGCCCGGGAGAACCUGCUCCUCCUCGUGGGGCUGGCGCAGGAGCCCGCCGCUGCCCGCCUGCUGCAGCGCAGCGCCCUGUGCCAGCGGGCUGCGGAGCACCUCUGCGAGCUGUACGGGGCCGUGCCCGCCGCCGCCGACCCCGCCGACAUCCUCGCCCUGGACAGAGCCAGCUGGAGGUCGCAGGGGGAGGCCGGCGGUGACGGUGCCUUCCCGGGGAAGGAGAGCCUGGCGGCCUUCUUCAGCUGGCUGGACUACCUGGACGAGCUGGCGAGGGACGCGCACCCGAUCGUCGCCGACGCCGUCGCCGAGGCCGUGUGUGAAAAGCUUUUCCGGGGCAUCCUGCAGCCGCAGCUCCUGCAGAUGUCCGAGCUCGCCAUCCUCAGGGCCACGGCCAUGCUGACCGGCACGGUGCGGCAGCUCCGGGCGCCCGCCCUGCUCCGCGGCCUCGUGCUCUUCCUGCUGGGGCCGGAGCGGCAGCCCGAAGCGCCGGGAGCCUGCGCCCACCUCCUGCGCGCCCAGCUCAUAGAGCGCUGCGACCACCUCUCCGACGAGAUCAGCCUGGCCAGCCUGCGGCUCUUCGACGAGCUCCUGCGCGCGCCCCACGAGCACGUGCUGCACAGCCUGGCGCUGCGGAACCUGGAGGCGCGCGGCUACGCCCAGCGCGGCCCCGACGAGCGCGGCGGCCCCGAGCCCGACCUCGACGAGGACGCGCCGGAGCUGGAGGAGGAUCCUUAUUUCACCGAUGGGUUCCCAGACUGCGGCUUGCAGCCGUCAGAAAAGCCGCCGCUCGCGGGAGCGUCCCGCUCGGUGGGGCAGGGACACACCAACGAGGUCGUCAGCAGCUUCCUGUGCCUGGUGCCCGAAGAGGCCAAGACCUCCUCGUGCGUGGAAGAAGCCGGGUACGACACCUACGUGCACGACGCCCUGGGGAUGGUCCAGGCGUGCCGCGCCACCGCGGCCCCGUGGGGCUGGCCGCCCGCGCCCCGGCCCCUCGACGCCUGCCGCCCCGAAGCGGCCUUUUACGAGGGACACUUCCUCGAGGUGCUCUUCGCCCGCAUGGCCCGGAUCCUGGACCAGCCCUACAGCCUGAACCUGCAGGUGACCUCGGUGCUGUCCCGCCUGGCCGCCUUCCCCCAUCCCCACCUCCACGAGUACCUGCUGGACCCCUACCUGAACCUGGCGCCCGGCUGCCGCUCGCUCUUCUCCGUCCUCGUCCGGGUGAUCGGGGACCUCAUGCAGAGGAUCCAGCGCGUGCCGCAGUUCAGGGCCAAGCUGCUGCUGGUGCGCAGGCAGCUGAUGGGGCUGGUGCCCGGAGAGCAGAUCGAGCACGCGACGCUCUUCAAGGGGGUCGUGGUGCUGGAGGAGUUCUGCAAGGAGCUGGCUGCCAUCGCCUUGGUCAAGGUCCCGCCGGAGGGGCCCGCCUGAGCCCGGCGCCCGCUCCCCGGGGCGCCGCCUCCUUGUCCUCCUCUGCCGGGCUGCGGUGGCCUCCGGGGACAGCGUGUGUCCGGGGCCGGCAAGCCCGGGGACAGCACCAGGCUGCGGCCGACCCGACCCGAAGCAGCCGGGAUGCCGGCCUGGCUCCGCAGCCCUCUCCUGGCAUUGCACCCGGUGCAGCGGGGCGGCAGUAAGUGGGUCCUAAUCCCAGCACUGUGCUCUGGUCCCUGCUUGCCCCGUCUGGCACCUCCCCGGGCCGUGGCAGCCUGCAACGGGCGCUGCACUGGCCCCCUCCGCGCCGAGGCGGCGGCACAAGACGUGGGGUGCAGCGGGUGCUAAAUCCCAACUACCUCCCCGCUCACCUGGCCCGGGACGGGCCCCUCGGGGUGCACCACGCUGCUUCUCCGUGCGGGCAGGGGUGCUGCCCCCCGGCACGCCUCGGCAUGGUGGUUUUGGCAAUAAUACUACACGCGGCAGGCGCUGCCCUCCCGUGACAAUCGACCGGCUCCCCGCGGGGCUGUUAGCUGCUCGGGGGCGUCCUGGGGGGGGGUUAUUACCCCCUCUCCUGCUGGGGCAACUCGACCUCCACAGCCCCCCGUUAGCCCGGGCACGGCGUGCGCGUUGCUGUGCGCUUGGUGUGGCUCCCGCCCGCGGGCGCGAGGGGCCUCGCCGGCACCGGCCGUCCCCCGCGAGCGACCUGUCUCUGCCUGCUGCAAUAAAGCCGUGAGCUCAGCACCGCA